CACUCCAACAAUGCCACAACAGCGCAUCCUGACAUUGUUUUGAUGUCAUUGACUCUACCUCCGUCAAGUUACCCAGAAUCCCCCGGGCUAUCAGCCAUCUUGCCUCCCGCCCGACAGCUUGUCUUUGAUGGACUAAGAGCCGUGAGAAGAGACAAACAUGGCCGAAAAUUGGAAAACACUCAAGGGAUGGGUCCACGAGAACUUCGUCGAACCUGAGAUGUCCGAUGAGCGGACGCUGCGCAAGCGAAAGCUGGCCCGGGAAGAGUCAAUGGUCAAGCCGGCGGUGAGAAGGGUGGAGCCGCCCCGGAAGAAGGGGGAAGACGAGAAGGAAGAAGAGGAGUCGUCAGACAAGGAGGAAGGAAAUGGUCCCAAGACACCUGGCGAGCUAGCUAUGAUGCCUGUACACCAGCAGCUGAGAGACAUGAACAAGUUCACGGCAAGGAAAACCAUGGCACAGGGAUUCCUGGACAUGGCACUGCUGUCGGCGAACGCAUCGCAGAUGAAGUACGUGCUCCAGGUGGGCCCUGUGUCCAUCAUGUACUACUUCCUCCUGUUCUUCCUGACCAUCUCCGUGCUGCUGCAGCUGGCAGUGGCCCUGCUGCUGCUGCUCAAGACACAGUUUACCGAGGUUGAAGAGACGGACGACGAGGAAAAUCUCCGCAACAGCAAGAAGAUGCACCUGCUGAACAACUGGAUCACCGCCCUGGUCAUCGUCACCAUGGUGGUCAAUGUGUUCAUCACGGCGUUCGGCAUAUCCCCGGCCGGGCCUCCUGCUGCCGCUGCCGCGUCCUAAACAC